AAAAUAAAAAUUAUUAUUAUAAUUACUUGAAAAUAAUUAUGAAAUACGGACUUGAAUUACAAGAUAAUAUCUUUCCUCCUUGGAGGUUAUCUUAUGUUGCAUAUGAUAUAUUAAAACAAGAAUUGAAGACGAGACAAUUAGAUCAUGGCUGGACUCAAAAAGAUGAAUCAGAUUUUGUUCAUCUUUUAGAUAAUGAAUUAUCAAAAGUAUAUGAUUUUAUUAAUGCAAAACUAGCUGAAAUUGAUGCCAGAAUUCUCUAUUGUGAAAGAACAAUUCAAACGUUACAAAAGAAUCCAACAAUGAAUUCAGAUGCAAAUUAUAGUAUUAUGGACGAAGCAUUAACAGAUAUCUUGUUUGACGUGAAUGAUCUUUCUAAAUUUACUCGUAUUAACUUUACAGCUAUUCAAAAGAUAUUAAAGAAACAUGAUCGUUGGACUGGCCUUGAUCUUAAACAGACUUAUGUAGCUAAACUCCGAGAAAAGCCAUUGGAUAAACAAAGAUUCGAUGUGGCAAUCGUCUAUAUUUCCGCUUUACACGACAUUUGCCGUAAUAGAGGUAAACAGUCUCCUGGAAAUAAUAGUGCGGGUGGAGACCAAAAUGCCUUUGAACGGGCUACAGCCAAGUAUUGGAUUCAUCCUGAUAAUAUCACUGAAGUCAAAGCUAUCAUCAUGUUGCAUUUACCGGUUUUGAUUUUUAACACAGCAAAAAAAUUUGAGGCCUCUGAUUCAGCUGUCUCUAGUAUUUAUUUUGAUAAUCCUAAUUUUGAUCUUUAUACUGGUAGACUUCAAAGAGAUGAAAUGGCUGAGGCUAUUCGAUUUAGAUGGUAUGGACCUUGUUCAUCAAAGAGUAUAUUUAUUGAAAGAAAGACGCAUCAUGCUACUUGGAUGGAUGGUGCUUCUGUAAAAGAUAGAUUUCGUGUCAAUGAAGAUCAAGUGAAUGCCUUUGUCACUGGAGAAUAUACAGCUGAUCAAAUAACAAAUGAACUUCAACGAAAAAAUGUAGAUGAGAAUACAGUUCGUGAUACCCAUUUUAUCGCAUCUGGAAUACAAACCUCUUUUCGAGAAAAGAAUUUGGAACCUGUCCUUCGUGUCUUUUAUAAUCGUACUGCCUUUCAAUUACCAGAUUCUCAACGUCUUCGUAUCUCUCUUGACACUGAUUUAACAUUCAUUCGUGAAGAUCAUUUAGACGGAGUUCAACGUAGACAUAAUAAUAAUUGGAGACGUAAAGACGUUAAUAUCGACCCUCCCUUUUCUUAUCUAAAAGAGCCUGAAAUCUUACGAUUCCCUUAUGCCAUUUUAGAAACAAAACUUCAAACUCAUUUAGGACAAGAGGCUCCUAAAUGGUUAACAUCACUCGUUGAAAGUCAUUUAGUACAUGAAGUCCCUCGUUUCUCAAAAUACUUGCAUGGUGCUUGCCAUUUCUUUAGAGAUAGACUUCCUUUACUUCCCUGGUGGUUAUCAGAAAUGAAUGUCGAUAUUCGCAAACCACGUAAUGAAAACAUAGGUCUCACUCGUUCUCGUAGUUUCAAACCUCUUAUUGAUGGUCGUUAUAGACGUGCGAUGAUUGAAGAGAAGGAACGUUUCAAUAAAGAUGCUGUUAUGAAAAAUGAAGCUGUACCUGCUGUUCCCCCCUUAAACCGAGACCAAUUUGCUAAGCAGUUAGGCAGGAGACGUUCUGCAUCAAUUGAUGAAAAAACAACGGCUGCAUGGAAACCUACAGCGAACAAUAAUAAUAAUAAUAAUACACAUAAUGGUGGAACCGAAGAAUUUACCCUUAUCGAAUUAAAUAGCAAAAAGCCAUCUUCAAAUUCCAACAACAAGACUAGUCUACCCUCUUUUGCUCAACCCUUACUAUCACAGAGUAGUCAUGACAGUAGUUUUAUUGCAGAUGACCCAUUUAGAAGUAAUAAUGUGAGUAGUAAAGAUUUAUCUCCUCCAUUACCUAUUCCAAAGUUUUAUUCAGUACCUGGUGAGAGUAUCAAUGGAAGUACAGGUCGUUUAAUGCCUGCUAAUGAUAUUGUCUUUAAGAAGCAAUUGGGUUCCCCUGUUGAAGCCAUUGAUUUAGAAAGUGGUGAUUUAGAUGGUAACAAAAAUAAGAGAGCAAAAGUUAAAGUCAGAGUAGAACCAAAAACAUUCUUUGCAAAUGAACGUACAUUUAUUGCAUGGCUUCAAUUCUGUGCUCUUUUAUUGACAGUUGCUUUAAAUUUACUUAAUUUUGGUGAUAAUGUGUCACGUAUUGUAGGUGGUGUCUUUAUUGGUUUAUCCGCUGCAGUAGCCAUUUAUGCAUUAUAUAGAUUUGAGAAACGUGCUUGGAUGAUUAAUCAUCUUGAUGAAGGUCGUUAUGACGAUAUUUGGGGUCCUGCUGUUUUAUGUGUUUUGUUGGUUACAGCACUUAUCGUCAAUUUCUAUUUACGUUUUGGCUCUAAUUCAUAUUAGUUAUUUUUAUUUUUAUCGCAUAACUUGCAUACUUUUAUGUCCCUUUUUUUUUUAAUUUUU